UGGCCAUUUAAAGUCUAUCUGCGUAAGAUGCGCAAUGUCCUCAGAGUCGAGCAUAGAUUUCUACUUAUCUCAAGUCGAUGUACAAAAUCUGGAGUUUAUGAUUAACUCUCUCUUCAACGGUGAAUUUGUACCGGAAAGUAGCAUUCGAAGGUUGUGUGAAAAGGCCAAGGAGAUUCUCAUUGGCGAAAGCAACGUCUUGCCCGUGAGAGCGCCAGUCACUGUAGUUGGGGAUAUUCACGGCCAGUUGUAUGAUUUAAAGGAACUUUUCAGGAUUGCAGGAUCUGCACCAAACACAAACUUUUUAUUCCUGGGCGAUUAUGUUGACAGAGGAUAUUAUUCGGUGGAAAGCGUCACGCUCAUCGUGGCGCUCAAGGUCAGGUACAAGGAUCGAGUCUUUAUAAUUCGAGGAAACCAUGAAUGCCGCCAAAUUACGCAGGUUUAUGGAUUCUAUGACGAGUGUCUACGCAAAUAUGGAAGUCCAAAUGUAUGGAACGCCUUUACAAACCUUUUUGACUACCUCCCGCUUGGAGCCCUGAUUGAAAACAAGAUUUUUUGUCCACAUGCCGGGCUCUCGCCCUCCAUUGACUCUCUUGAUCACGUUCGAAAGCUCAAUCGUAUUCAAGAGGUACCGCACGAGGGUCCAAUGUGCGAUUUGCUCUGGAGCGAUCCAGAGGAUCGCACUGGAUGGGGACUGAGUCCAAGAGGAGCCGGAUUUACAUUUGGCUACGACAUUACCAAGGCAUUUAACCAAAAUAAUGGACUCGAUUUAAUCGCAAGGGCGCACCAACUCACAAUGGAGGGGUUUCAAUGGUCACAAGACAAGAAUGUAGUCACAAUCUUUUCAGCGCCAAACUAUUGUUAUCGCUGCCGUAAUCAAGCGGCCAUUUUAGAAAUUGACGAAAACAUGCAGUUCACAUUUAUCCAAUUCGAUCCUUCACCUGAGCGAGAACCACCAACUUCACCAGAAAAUAGCGACUAUCUACUCGGAGAUUUAAAGUACAUUAUAUAA